AAAAAGAUCGUCUUCUUCAAUUACUUGAACAAAAUCUCAAAGAUGAACGUUGUUUAAUAUUUGUUGAAACAAAACGACAAGCUGAUUAUAUAGGAGCAUUGCUUUCACAAAAGAAAUUAAUGAGUACAACUAUGCAUGGUGAUCGUACACAAAGACAACGUACUGAAGCUGUACAACAGUUUACUAAUGGAAAAUGUCCUAUUCUUGUUGCAACUUCAGUUGCUGCUCGUGGUUUAGAUUUUCCUUUAAUUGGUUAUGUUGUUAAUUAUGAUUUACCUGAUUCAAGUGAUUUUUAUAUUCAUCGAAUUGGUCGAACAGGUCGAGCUGGUCAUUUAGGUAAAUCAAUAUCAUUUUUUGAUCCAGAACGUGAUUCUGAUCGUAGAAUUGCUCCUGAACUUAUAUUAAAAUUAGUUGAAGCUGGACAAGAAGUACCAGAAUUUCUUCAACAAUAUUCUGAAUCAAAUAGUGGUUUUAGUCGUGGUGGUUAUAGCGGUCGAAAUACUGAUAUGCGAUCGGGAGGAAAUAGUUUUGGUAAUCGAAAUCAAGCAGCUAAUGUGAGUGGUGGAACAGCUACUGCUGGUUCAGCUGCAGUUGAAGAAUGGGAUUAA